GAAAUGUAACAUUGCUUCAUUAUUUGACAGAGAAGUAUGCAUUGUUCUUCAGGUUUCUAUAAUGGGACUGCUUUGAAUACAAGUUGUUCAGUCCUGUUGUAAGUAAAGGAGAAAACCUGGUAGAUUGUCUCUUUAAAUCAGAUCUGCAGUGUUGAAGGAGCCUUUAGCAGGCAUGGAAAGAACCAUUCGUUGCUCUGCAGUAGGGAACAUGACCAGAUAGACUGGAACAGGCAGUCAGUAAAAAUGUUCUUUCUUUAUCAUGCACUAUAUUAAAACCAUUCCCAUGGUUACGUCUCCAGCUUUUCUUGGUAGCUUCCAGUUUGUUGGAAAAGACAGUCAUGCUGUAUUCUUUAUGAAGGAGUUUUAAAAAAUACUGAAGAAGACCUUGUUGUGACUCGCAUUUUAAUUUUUCUUCUUUUUAUUGUGCACGGCUCUGAAGCAGCAGCUUCAUUUCAUCUGCCACAGACUGUGUCUGCUGGGUCUUCAACCUUGAUAUCUGUUGAUAACUCUCUUGGCAAGGUACAGUUUAUUGUCCUCUGGAAUGGGUAACUAUUUCCCAGGACUGGAAAGUCAUAAUUUGCAGGAGAUGGAAAAUGCUGGGAUGUUGGCAUGCCAUUUGUUUCUAUCCCACUAGAUGAUUACAGCUCUGGGACACCAGCAAACCUACCACUGCUAACCUAACUUGCUUAGUGCUGGGUAUUUACCUAUAACACACUUUUGGGAUUUUGAUCUUCUAGAUGGACAAAACGGUCAGUGGGCAAAGCGGUGCCACAGAAAUCUUGUUGGAAUAACCUUACUAUCUGUGCAUACAACACUGUAAAGUCUGAGUUCUAAUGGAUCUGAAGACUGUGCUCUCCUUCCCUCAGUACCCUGGGGAGUUUCUGCACCCCGUGGUUUAUGCAUGUACCGCCGUGAUGCUGCUGUGUCUAUUAGCCUCGAUUAUAACCUACAUUGUACACCACAGCACAAUCCGAAUUAGUAGAAAAGGAUGGCAUAUGUUGCUCAACUUCUGUUUCCAUACCGCCCUAACCUUCGCUGUGUUUGCAGGAGGCAUCAACAGAGUAAAAUAUCCAAUCAUCUGUCAGUCAGUUGGAAUCGUAUUGCACUAUUCUACACUGUCCACUCUGCUUUGGCUUGGGGUAACUGCACGGAAUAUCUACAACCUGGUUGCAAAAAAAACUCAGCAGUAUCAAGAUGGUGACCAACCACCACAGCGCAGACGAACCAUGCUGAAGUUUUAUCUGCUAAGUGGUGGGGUCCCCUUAAUUAUUUGUGGAGUAACAGCAGGAAUAAACCUGAACAAUUAUGGAAGUGAAGACGAUGCACCUUAUUGCUGGAUGGCAUGGCAGCCCAGUCUUGGAGCAUUCUAUGGCCCGCUCGCAUUCAUCGUUUUAGUCAUUUGUAUUUACUUCCUUGGAACAUUCGUGCAGCUUAAGCGACAUCCUGAACGAAAAUAUGAACUAAAAGAAAGGACAGAAGAACAUCAAAGGUUGUCAGGCACAGAGGUAGGACACAGCCACAUAACAGACUCGGGGUCUGUUUCCCAAGCAUGUUCGGUCAUAACUGCUUCAAUGCUAGCAAAUGAACAUUCCUUCAAGGCGCAGCUGCGGGCUGCAGCAUUCACAUUGUUUCUCUUCCUUGCGACUUGGACCUUCGGCGCACUUUCGGUAUCACAAGGACAUUUUUUGGAUAUGAUCUUCAGCUGCUUGUACGGAGCAUUUUGCGUGACUUUAGGACUGUUUAUUCUCAUCCACCACUGUGCAAAACGAGAUGAUGUGUGGCACUGUUGGUGGUCCUGUUGCCCUUCUAAAAAGAAAACCUGCUCCAUGCAAGGUGCCACACAGCCAAAGGUAAAUGCUAAUGGUGAUGUACAGACUCAUGUACAGUGCCUAGAGGAUGAUUCUUGCCCUAGUAACACAUCUAUCUUUAAUCAGCCUAGCACAGCACAUUGCAAAAUGACUAACCUACAAGUUACCCAAAAUCAUGUCAACUGCCUUUCACCAGUUACUCCAUGCUGUGCAAAAAUGCACUGUGAUCAACUUAUUGAAGAUGAGCCCCAUAUGCACAUACAUACUGAAGGGCCCUUUAGACCCAACGUGCAUGUUCACAGAUGUCUGAAAAGCAGAACUAAACCAAGACCUUUCUGUCGACAUAGGUCAUCAGCAGAACGCGAAUAUGCUUACCACAUUCCUUCUAGUGUAGAUGGGAGCAACACCAGUUCCCAUACAGACAGUCCACUCAGUGCCCAUGACUGCCACCUGGGGCACAGGAGAGCUUGUUGUGGGUGUGCAAAAAGUGAUCCAUUUUCUACUGGUAGUCAACCAGAGAAUAGUGAAGCAAAUACUGCAUGUACUAGCAUGGGAGAGAGAGACCCUUUACAGCCCACUGCUCAUUUUGAGAUGCAUCCACGGAGACAGUCAUGUCCGUUUAAUACAACAAAUCCUAAUGGAAUACCUAAAGGGGCCUUGCAUGAAGCCAUUGUAUACAGUUCUGAUAAUACAUGUAAUAUAAAAACCGGACCUUGGAAGAAUGAAACUACUGUAUAGGAUACAGAGUUUUAACACAUUAUGGAAAGUACCAUUAUAAAAAGCUUUUUAAAAACUGUAAAAAUGUUCAUGUUAUUUGUGUGUACAACACAUCUGCCAAAUAUAAAGUGUGAGUUCAUCAUCCUUAUUGCAUUUCAGUUAGAAACCAUUUAAAAGACUGAAAGUGUAAAGUGUUGGGCUAAUACAUUGUAUUAAAAUAGAAGUUAUUUUUAUAAAAAAUGUAUUGCAAGUGUUGAAAGGAAAUAUUUCUACUGUCAAACUAGAAAAAAAUCUAUUUAAGAGGCAGUAUCCCUUUCUUAUAAAUGGGCAAAGCAUUUAUAAAUUUGUUCUUUUUUGGUUUACUUGCCCACUUUGUUAUAUUGUAUUUUGGGCACUGAUUAUGUGAAUCUAUUUAUAUGUAUACUAAGCAUUUUCUGCAUCUAUGAUUAUUUUUCUGAUCACAAAAUAUAAAUAAUAAACUGUGAAUUUUAAUAACACUAUUGAGUAUUACAAUUUUUAUAGAUUCUUCAUUUAGACUUUUUUAAACAGUUUAAAGAGAUACUGCCUCUAAAUGUCUACUGUGGCAUAUGACAUGUAAAAUCACACCCAAAAAGUAGUCUGUUUGUCUUCUACUUGUUAAAAAAAGAGUACUGAUUAAUGUCACUGUUACAUCAAUGGUGCUGUAUCGGUAGUAUCUUGCAUGACAUACGUCAGGUUACACCAUUUGUUGCUUUCUUGUGCUACAUGUUACAACAAACAUACAAUUUCCUCUUGAUAUUAGUGUCAGAGCAUUAGGAAGCUAAAUGUAUCCUGGAUCCACUAUGUAGGUGGGCACAGACGUCUUUGUACAAGGCUUAUAAGCAAAGGAAAUAUCUCUUGUGCGACACUGUGCAGUGUUAAAAAAUGGACUUCACUUUUUCACUUUUUUUUUGGUUGUUUUCUUUUCACAUUUCUUAUAAUAACCUGCAAACGCUGUUCUAAAUUUCACAGACAUGCGUUUUUUCAUUAACACUUUGAAGACUACUAAAUAUUGUUAAGCAUUGAACAAUUAUGGUUUUACUGCAUUUUAAGAAGAAAUGUUGCACAACAGAAAAGAGUCAUUAAUUGCCACUGAUUAAAACUGCGCAGAAAGACUAGGUGCACUUUUGUGCUGGAUAAUCCGUAGCUGUAUCCUUUUGCUAUGCUUAAGCAGUAUAAACAUGACAGUAAGAUGCAGGAAUUUACAGAAAGGGAGGGGCUACAUGGACAAGCACAUGACUCAUCUGCUAUAUGUGAUUCACAAAAAUGAUAAAAUAAGUUGAUAAAAAUAUAUUUAAAAAUUAAAAACUUAGAAUAAUGUAGAGUUUUCUUAAAGGUCUGUUGAGUAUAUAGUAGUUUUCAAAUUAGUUAAGAAAAUCUACACCAAUAUUCAAAGAAAAGGAACACACUGCAGCAUGUUUCCUAAUAGGAAGGUUUCUUUAGUCAGUUUUGAGCGCUACAAAGGAACAGAUUAAAACACUUCCAAUGACAUUCAAAAAGAACAAGUCUGUGGAUAUCUUUGGGUGGCAUGAUGCCAGGGAAUCUUCUUGAGCUAGGCUUAUAAUGGCUCCAGGGGCGUUAGCCUAGUACACACUUAUGAACCUAUACCCAAUACUGAAAAAGCCUGAGUCUCUUACUAUCACUUUGAUACCAUCACUGCUUGUUAAAUGAUUCCGCUCUAAUUAAAGAUGCACUUGAUUAAAACAGAGUAUACCCACUGAUUAUCAGCCAUCCACUCAUCUACUCUAUAGAGUCUACGUAACAUUUAACAACAUGCUGUAUUCAAUAACUUUCAUGGAAGUUUUUAAUUAGUUUUUAAUACAAUACAACAAUAUGAUGAAUGUAAUUACUGAAUUACUGUUAAUUUUUUUACAUCCGUUGCAUCCCUUGAAGAUCAUAUUUGUGGCAUAUUUUUGAUACUUUCAAAAAACAAAAAAACACAUACUUUGUUCUGCACAUUUUGUAAAAUUGCUUACAAAAAACAAAAAUACAUACUUUUUCCAGCAAUUUGUAAAAGUGCUUAAACAAGAGAGGAAAGUGCCAUUCUUGGUAUGCUGCAUUACCCCAUCAGUAUUCCCUUCUUCAGACAAAACGUUGUGUAGCUUUCCUCUGUUUAUUCCAUUGUAGAAGCUGUGGUUAUUCAUAGUACCACAGACGAAUCUACUGCAUAAAAUUCUAACACUCUACUAACCUAUGCAAGAUGUUACAAUUAGCGGUCUUGAAAAACUCUACGUAUUUAAUGGUCAAAGCCCAUCUCUGGGCAAUAAUAUUUAUCUGUCAUCCAUAAAAUAUUGUUUGAUAUAUCUCAGAAUACUCUCUUGCUCUGGGUCCAUGUAUUCUUGAUUUAUUCUAGGACUUUGAAAUAAAAAUAAAAAAAGUCCCAACACAAAUGUGGUUCCAC